AAAGAAAAAUAAAUUCCUACUAUACUUUGAUUGAAUCUUCUCCUACACAAACAAAGGGCCAAAAGCAUUAGAAGUUAACAGAAGGGUCCAAUCUUUCCUUCCCCAAUGGAGUAGCCUUGUUACACUAAAACUCCACACUACACUCCAAUGAGAAACUUCUCUUCUCUUGAUCAAAUUAUUACCCUUAUAAUUCAACACCCAAAAACCCCAUCAAAAUUAAUUAUUCCUUGAUUUCAUUUCUUUGAAUUAUAUGAUCAAAUUUCUUGUUUUUUCUCUUCAAUAAAAUUUUAAAAAAUGGAUCUUGAAGAAUGGGAUCUUCUUUCUGACGAAGGCUUGAUUGAUUUUCAUGAAAAUAAUGGAGCAAAUAAUUUUGUUCCCAAAUCAAGUACAACUGUAAUUGAUAUGAAUUAUUUUCAGAAAUUUACUGAGCCAGAAAUGAAGAAGAUGAAGAAUUCAAGGGUAAUUCCUGUGCCAAUUCAAUUGGAUAAAAAAAUUGAGGAAAUCCCAGAAGAGGUAAUCAAGUUACCAAUUGAUGAAACCCCAAAAAAAUCUGAUGAAAAUCAGAUGAUCAAAGGAGAAGAAGCUGAUUUUCAGGAACCAGUUUCUCAAGUUUUCUUCAAGAAAUUGAAGGAAAAUGAAUUUGUCGACAUGAAAAUGGACUCUCCCAAGUCUUUAAACAGAGGAAUAUUGCCUCAAAUUGAUGUGGGUUCUUAUCAAUUUGAGGAAAUUGAGAGAAAUAAAAGUAAUAAUUUUGAAAAAAUUGAAGAAAAAGAACAUGAAUUAUCUAUGAAAAAAGAGGAGAAUGAUCAUGAAAAUGGAAAUGAAGAAGGUUUGAAUGUUUGGAAAUUGGCAAUGACUGGAAUUGGUGCCCUUUUCUCUUUUGGUUUUGCUGCUGCUACUGUUUCUUUCAUUGUUUUAGGUAACCGACACAAGGAGACUUCCAAGAAGCAAGAACUUCAUUUCCAACUUUAUGCCCAUGACAAGAGGUUCAAGCAAGUAGUUCGCCAAGCCACCAAGCUAAACGAAGCCAUCACCGUGAUGAGAGGUGCUCCUGUAACUCGAGCUCACAUAACCAUUGGUGGUUACCAUGAAGGUCUUUAAAAAGGUUCUCUUCAUCAGUUCAAUAUGAAGUCUGUUUCUGAAGUCAGACAGUAAAUGGUUUAGUAAAUUUCUGUUUUAUAGUAUUACUUUUUAAGCUUGAUCCAAUUACUUUUGGUAUAAAGAUCUUGCUGCCUGUUUGUGAAUAGAUUCCGAAUCCUUUCUUGUACUAUCUAGUCUUGAGAUUCCAUAUGGUUUAUACAACUAUGCUUCAGACGACGAAAUUGGAAGGUACUAAAAUCUGUAGGGAAUGUGGUCCUCAGUUCAUCACAUUAUUCUGCUUAUUUUCAAACUAUGCUGAGAUAUUGUUCAUAUAUAAUAUCUAGUUGUGUUUUUGGAAUCAAUUUUGAUUCAGUCUACACGGCUCUUGGGUCGGUGAGAUUGAUCGCGACUUCUCUCUGCA